GCUCCUCCACGCUCCGGGCCGGCCCCUGCAGGCGCCAUGACUCAGCAGCCCCAGGAGGGCUUCGACAGGAGCGUGGAGGACGCCCAGGCGUGGAUGAAGGCCGUGCAGGAGCGGCUGCAGGUCAAUGACAACACCCAGGGGCCCCGCGCGGCCCUAGAGGCCAGGCUCCGGGAGACAGAGCAAAUAUGCCAGCUGGAGCCCGAGGGGCGUGUGAAGGUGGCCCUGGCGCUGCGGGCGGCUGAAGCCCUGCUGGCAUGCUGCCCCAGGGACCAGAGGCCCGAGAUCCUGGCCCGGCUGAAGGACAUCAAGGCCCAGUGGGAGGAAACGGUCACCUACAUGACUCACUGUCACAGCCGCAUCGAGUGGGUGUGGCUGCACUGGAGCGAGUACCUGCUGGCCCGCGACGAGUUCUACCGCUGGUUCCAGAAGAUGACGGUCACGCUGGAGCCGCGCGUGGAGCUGCAGCUGGGCCUGAAGGAGAAGCAGUGGCAGCUGAGCCACGCCCAGGUGCUGCUGCACAACGUGGACAGCCAGGCCGUGCUCCUGGACCGGCUGCUGGAGGAGGCCGCCUCCCUGUUCAACAGGAUCGGGGACCCCAGCGUGGACGAAGACGCCCAGAAGAGGAUGAAGGCCGAGUACGACGCGGUGAAGGCCAAAGCCCAGGACCGCGUGGCCCUGCUGGAGCGGGUGGCCCGGGAGCACGAGCAGUACCAGGCAAGUGUGGACGAGUUCCAGCUGUGGCUGAAGGCCGUGGUGGAGAAAGUGAACGGCUGCCUCGGGCGGAACUGCAAGCUGCCCACCCCACGCCGCCUCUCCGUGCUGCAGGACAUCGCCAGAGAGUUCCCCAGGGGUGCGGCGUCUCUGGGGCGGCUGGAGGAGCAGUCUGCGGGGGUCAUUCAGAACACGUCCCCUCUGGGCGCGGAGAAGAUCACUGGGGAACUGGAGGAGAUGAGGACAGUUCUGGAGAAGCUGCGCGUCCUCAGGGAGGAGGAGGAGCAGCGGCUGCGGGGCCUGCAGGAGUCCAGGGGCGCCUGUGAGCAGCAGAUCCGGCGGCUGGAGGCCGCACUGGGCGAGUUCAAGGAGGGCCUGCGGAGGCUGGCCCAGGAGGGCCCGGAGCCCACGGCGAAGGCAGGGACCGAGGACGAGCUGGUGGCCCGCUGGAGGCUCUACUCGGUGACGCGGGCGGCGCUGGCCUCCGAGGAGCCCCGGGUGGACUGGCUGCAGGCCCAGCUGAAGGAGGUCAUCGGCUUCCCCCACGACCUGCAGCUGCUCUCCGACAGCAUCGUUGCUGCCAUCCAGGAGUAUCAGAGCCUGAAGAGCAAGAGCACCAGGCUGCGCAACGCCGCGGAGACAGAGCUGUGGCAGCGCUUCCAGCGGCCUCUGCAGAGUCUGCAGGUGUGGAAGACCCUGGCCCAGCGGCUCCUGGAGGUCACCGCCAGCCUGCCCGACCUGCCUUCCCUCCACACCUUCCUGCCCCAGAUCGAGGCGGCCCUGGCGGAAAGCUCCCGCCUGAAGGAGCAGCUGACCAUGCUGAAGCUGAAGACAGAUCUGCUGGUCAGCGUCUUCGGCCAGGAGAGAGCCACAGCUCUCCUGGAGCAGGCGGCAGGUUCCGUGAGGGACAGAGACCUGCUACAUAACAGCCUUCUGCAGAGGAAAAGCAAACUGCAGAGCUUGCUCGCUCAGCACAAGGACUUUGGAGCUGGUUUUGAGCCCCUGCAGACAAAGCUCUUGGACCUCCAAGUCAGGGUCCGUGCUGAGAAUGGGCCGCAGCGGGACCUUCCUGGGAAACAGGCCCAGCUCUCGAGGUUGCAGGGGCUGCAGGAAGAGGGGCUGGACCUGGGGGCGCAGAUGGAGGCUCUGAAGCCUCUCGCCCAAGGGAAUCCCAACCACCAGCACAGAAUGGACCAGCUCUCCUCCGACUACCAGGCCCUGCAGAGGGCUCUGGAGGACCUCGUGGACAGGUGUCAGCAGGGCGUGCGGGAGCACUGCACCUUCGGCCACCAGCUGCUGGAGCUGCGGCAGUGGAUCGCUGCGGUCACGCAGAAGCUGGAGUCACACCGGGGGGACACCGGCCCCUGGGACGUCGAGUCCCAAGAGGUCGAGGUGGAGAGGCUGGUGGCGGACUUCCCGGAGAAGGAGGCCCAGCUGCCCCUCAUUGAAGCGCACGGCCGGCUUGUGAUGGAGAAGUCUUCCCCGGAGGGGGCUGCCAUGGUGCAGCAGGAGCUCAGGGAGCUGACGGAGUCGUGGCGGGCCCUGCGGCUGCUGGAGGAAGGGCUGCUGAGCCUCAUCAGAAACUGGAAGCUGCAGAGGACAGAAGUGGAUUCGGGGAAGAAAAUGGUUUUCACUAACAACAUCCCAAAGUCUGGGUUUCUCAUCAACCCUACAGAUCCUAUUCCCAGGCAUCGUCGUCAGGCAAACCUGCUCCAGGAGGACGAAGCCAGCCAUGAAGACUUCGCCCAGCUCCUGAGGAACUUUGAGCAGUGGUUGCAGGUGGAAAAUUCCAAGCUGGUCAGAAUCAUCGCAAUGAGAACUGCCACAGCCAGGGACCUGAGGACCAGAGAAAUGAAGCUGCAGGAGCUGGAGGCUCGGGUACCAGAAGGUCAGCAUCUCUUUGAGAACCUCCUUCGUCUUGGGCCAGCAAGGGGGACCUCGGAUCAGCUGGAAGAUCUGCGCUACCGGUGGAUGCUGUACAAGUCCAAGCUGAAGGACUCCAGCUCUCUGCUGACACAGAGUUCUCCAGGGGAGCCGACUGGAUUCCAAAAGACUCGGUGGCGAGGCCUCGGCUCCCUCUUGCGGAAGGUGUGCUGUGUGGCGCUCCCGCUGCAGGUGCUGCUGCUGCUGUUCCUGCUGCUGCUGUUCCUGCUGCCCGUCGGGGAGGAGGCCCGCAGCUGCGGCCUGGCCAACAACUUCGCCCGCUCCUUCACGCUCGUGCUGCGCCAUGACGGCCCCCCGCCCACCUAGCCCGCUGGGGCGCACAGGUGACUUUCUUCCUCAACCUUCCUCAGUCCCGGGGCUGCUCCUGAGGACGCCCACCCAGGGAAGCUGGAAACAGAGGCGGGCCGGAGACCGCAGAGCUGUAUCAGUCCAAAUACUGUGUCAGUGUUCCCAGGACAAACCUCUUUUUAUACAGUGUUGUCUCAGUCUGUUUACUAAAUGUGUACCGUGUGUGACGAGGGAA